GGGCCCCGGCACUCCCGGGGGCCCCGCGGUGACCCCGUGGUGGCCCCGCAGGUGGCCGAGGUGGCCGUGGACAGUCUGUGCAGGGGGGUCUUCGCCGGGGACAGCCGGACCCUCAGUGCCCGCUCCUGCUUCCCGGCCCUGUUCCGGGCUGAGAGGAGCCGAGGAUCCGUCCUGCUGGGAAUGGCCCUGGGACACGGUGAGGGGACCCCGCGCGGCCCCGACUCGGAGCUGGCCCAGCGGGCACGGGCCGAGCGCUGGAGCCAGUGGUCCCUGCGGGGGGGGAUGGAGACCCUGGCCCGGGGGCUCGUGGCCUUCCUGGCCCCCCGUGGGGUCGAGCUGCGCUGUCACAGCCCCCUGUGCCACCUGCGCCACCGCCACGGCCGCUGGCAGCUCACCCUGCCCGAUGGCACCAUCAGCGCCGACCACGUCGUCAGCGCCCUCCCUGCCGCAGCCCUGGCCGAGGCGCUGCCCCCCGAGGUGGAGCCGCUGGCGCGGGAGCUCCGCCACAUCCCGGCCGCCUCCGUGGCCGUGGUCAACCUGCAGUACCAGGGGGUCUUGCUGCCCGUCACGGGGUUUGGGCACCUCGUCCCCUCCUCGGAGGACCCGGCGCUCCUGGGCAUCGUCUACGACUCGGUGGCUUUCCCGCAGCACGACGGGGCCGGGCCGCCCUCGGUGCGGCUCACGGUGAUGCUGGGAGGCGCCUGGUUCCGGCAGAGCUUCGGGGACCCAACGGGGGCGGCCCCGGCGCUGCUGCUCCGGCGGGCACAGGAGGCCGUGCGGGACCACCUGGGGCUGGGCGGGACCCCCGCCCGCUCCAUCGUCAGGGUGCAGCAGGACUGUAUCCCCCAGUACACGCUGGGCCACUGGCAGCGCGUCGAGCGGAUCAAGCAGUUUGUGAAGGAGCAGCAGCUCCCCCUGAGCCUCAUCGGGGCCUCCUACUCGGGGGUCUCCGUCAACGACUGCAUCGCCAGCGCCAAGGCCGCCGUGGGGGGGCUCUUGGGGACACCCCCCUGAG